CUGAAGGUUCUAAUAAACGAAAAUUUAAUUUGAAUGAACCAUAUCCCCAUGAUACAACUGAACCACAAUUUAAAAAAAGGAAAAUAAUGGGUAGUAGACAUCACACUACUAAAGAUGAAAUGGAUAUACUUUUGUGUUAA